AUGGAACACACCAUGUCCAUCUGCUCCAGCACUUACACUGACCCUUGGCAGGUGGACAACUGUCCAGAGAGCUGCUGCGAGCCCCUCUGCUGUGCCCCCAACUGCUGCUCCCUAGCCCCCUGCCUGAGCCUGGUUUGCACCCCAGUGAGCUGUGUGUCCAGCACCUACCAGUCAGUCUACAUCAGCUCCUGCACACCCUUGUGUUGCCAGCAAUCUAGCUGCCAACCGGCUUGCUGCAUCUCCUCUCCCUGCCAGCAGGGCUGCUGUGUGCCUGUCUGCUGCAAACCUGUGUGUUCUGGGCCCAUCUGCUGCAAGACUGUGUGCUGCAAGCCCAUCUGCUGUGUGACCUUCUGCUCUGGUGCUUCCUCUUUGUGCUGCCAGCAGUCUAGCUGCCAGCCAACUUGCUGCCCCUCCUCCUGUGUGUCCCUCCUCUGUAACCCUGUGUGCAGACCCACCUGCUGUGUGCCUGUCCCCUCCUGCUGUGCCCCCGCCUCCUCCUGUCAGCCCAGCUGCUGCUGCCCGGCCUCCUGUGUAUCCCUUGUCUACUACCCCACAGGGCUUCCACUCUCAGCAGCCUCUGGUGGCCUCAGACCCACCCUCUUUCUUUCUGUGACCCCAUGUGGCAGCCUGAAGGCACUGUGCAUCCGCUUUGAUGCCCGGACAGAAGCAGGGCCACCAUCAAGACUGGCGUAG